AUGGAAAUGGGUGAAAUUAUAUGUACGAUUGGUUCAACAAUUAUUAAAUGUACUCGAGAACUAAUUGAACAAAUUGGAAGACCUCUCGAACUUGAUACGCAUCAAAAGAAGAAGGAAAACCUAUUAAAAAAACAUUAUUAUGUAUUUAAUAUGGAUGCUACAAUAGCUGAAUUAAAAGAUUUUGAAGUAAAACAUAAUGGUGAAUUGCAAUUAAUAAAAAUUUUUCAAGCAAGUAUGAUUGAAGCAUUUCUUAAAGGAACAACACUUGACGAAUGUUAUAAUCAUGUUACAACAAUUGCUGAUUAUUGA